AUUUCCUUCAUCUCCAACUCCCUUCGACCAUCGGAUACUUCCAGUAGAGCAGUAUCCAUGGCGGCCUUGUUCCGCUAUUCGAAAUCCUCUACGGUUUCGUCUCUUUCAUCCACUUCUCUCUUCAGGAGAUGCUUCUCUUCAGCUGUUGCUGCUGAACUCAGCUCUCCUACUACUACGACUUUGCCUUUUAAUUUAGACCACAAUCUUCCCCGCAAAGAUCCCAAGGAUCGGAACGUUCAAUGGGUGUUUCUUGGAUGCCCUGGCGUUGGCAAGGGGACCUAUGCUAGUCGUCUUUGUAACCUUCUCGGUAUCCCUCACAUCGCCACCGGAGAUCUCGUCCGCGAAGAACUCGCUUCCUCCAGCCCGCUUUCUCGCCAGCUAUCAGAGAUUGUUAACCAGGGAAAAUUGGUAUCGGAUGAGAUCAUUAUCAACUUGUUGUCCAAGAGACUUGAAGCCGGUGAGGCGAAAGGUGAAUCUGGAUUUAUCCUUGAUGGUUUCCCUCGGACAAUUAGACAAGCAGAAAUUUUGGAAGAGGUGAUUGAUAUAGACUUGGUGGUUAAUCUAAAGCUCCGUGAGGAUGUGUUACUUGAGAAAUGCCUUGGGAGAAGAAUCUGUGGUCAGUGUGGAAAAAACUUCAAUCUUGCCUCCAUUAAUGUAAAGGGUGUAAAUGGCAAUCCUGGAAUGAGUAUGCCUCCACUGCUUCCGCCUACACAUUGCAUGUCUAAACUAAUUACUCGGGCAGAUGAUACCGAAACAGUUGUAAAAGAGCGUCUUCAAGUGUAUAAUGAAAAGAGUCAACCUGUUGAGGAGUAUUACCGUAGUAGAGGGAAAUUGUUGGAAUUCGACUUACCAGGUGGCAUCCCAGAGUCUUGGCCCAAGCUACUGAAAGUUCUUAAUCUUGAUGAUUUUGAGGAGAAACUUUCUGCAGCAGCCUAAAUUACAGUACGGCAAAUGAUUGGUUAGUUAAUUAUUUUCCACAUAUACAACAGGCACAAACAAUUUUGCAGGACAAUAAAAAACUGAAAAUUAAACAAACUUGAGAUUUAUUUAUUAAUUUCUAAAUUGUUAUGUUGUUCUUUCUUUUCCCCAAUUGGGAAGGAGGGAGGAGAAUUAUUUCACAUGUUCUAAUUUGGUCGAGUAGAUUCGCUGCAAACAGGGAUUUGUAACAGCAUUGAGUAUCUAUCUCGACUAGAAGAAAAAUGAUUUUGAAUUCUUGUACCACAAUAUUCAUUAGUAUAACAUUGUUCCAUUUGAUGAUUUUUAUGA